AUGGCAGCGAUCGGUGGAGUCGAAGCCGAUUCAGCUCCAAAGUCGGAUACAAAGCGAGCAGAGAAGGAAGAGGUCGUCAAAGAAGUCGUCAAGAAGAAGAAGAAGAAAAGAAAGCCAAAGAAAGAAAUGAAAAGAGAGAAAAUGGAGCCAGGACAGACCAUUGUUAGCGACUCAUUUCAGUGGAAAGUUAUAAAAAUCCUUGGUUCUGGAGGAUUCGGCGAUGUUUAUAAAGUGGCAAAAGAAGAUAGUGACGACAAAAACGAGUAUGCGAUGAAGACAGAAAUGGUUGAGGGGGAUAAGCUGAAGUUACGCCUCAAAAUCGAAGUUGUUGUGUUAGGACUGUGUCAUGAAACUGAAGACCCCAGAAAGAAGGAGCACUUUGUCCCUUUCAUAGAUAAAGGGAAAACUAAAAAAUUCAAGUUUCUUGUCAUGGGUCUUGUUGGUAAAUCCCUAGAGGAUAUUCGCCGUUACAUACUUUUUCGAAAUUACUCGAAACCAACAGCCAUGAAUGCUUCCCUGCAAACAUUACAGGCGGUAUGGGACCUGCACGAUGUGGGAUAUUUGCACAGGGACAUAAAACCACAGAACUUUGCCGUUGGGUUGGGAGAAUAUGAAAAAACAAUUUAUAUGCUUGACUUUGGCAUAGCUAGAAAAUAUCGGAACGAUGACACGAAACAAGUGAAAGUGGCACGUCUUUGUGUUAAGUUUCUUGGCACGAUACGCUUUGCCUCGAGGGCAUGUCAUUUAGGAAUCGAACAGGGCAGAAAGGACGAUUUGGAAACAUGGUUAUAUAUGCUCUUCGACCUUUUUGAUAACGAAAGCUUGCCAUGGAAACGAGCGGUUGAUAAAAACUCAGUUAUCACAAUGAAAGAUAAGUUCUUCAAAAUGGAGUAUCCGAAGAUAUUCAAAAUUGUGCCGCAAGAGGUUCAACGACUUGUCAAGUAUAUUGAUGAACUGGCGUACGCAGAUGAGCCGGAUUACUUGUAUAUUCAAAGUUCACUGAAGACAAUAGCAAAGGAGAGGAAGAUCGACUUCGAAAAAACUCUAGAUUGGAUUGGGAAGACGGCAAAGAAGAAAGAUGAACGUCAGGUUGAGCGACGACCUGUGGUGAAAACUAAGUUCGCUGUGGCAUGGCUGCUUAGUUUGGGGAAAAGUCUCUUUGCCAUUCCAGCAUAUUCACUGCCUCAGUACCCUGCACACUGGGCCCUGCCGUCUCAGACGUCGGAGGGUAUGGCGACCGGUGAGAGGCGAUCAAAUCUCAGGUUGCUCAGGACGUCAUUGAUUCUGGACCAAGGCGACACACGCACGACUCGCCAUGGAGACUGUCUCAGACUGUGUACUUACAACGCGAGAACAGUUUCCACAGACGCUAACCUGUAUGCCUUUCUCGGAGCUGCAGAGCGUAUCAAAUUUCACGUGAUUGCUCUGCAGGAGACCAAGUGCAGAAGGAACGACGUACAACAGAUGAAUGAAGGUACACUCGUCAUUCGUGGAGAGAAGGUUCCGUCGCGAAAUGUAGACGGUGUUGGUUUUGUUGUGAACCCGUCUGUCGUCCAUCUCGUCGAUUCUCACGAGAUCCUGUCAUCUCGUCUGGCCAUUCUUCGCCUCCGCCCUCUGCGCCAAAAAUCCAUCAGUAUCAUCAACUGCUAUUCACCAACAUCAGCAGCUGAUGAUUCCGAAUUGGACGCGUUUUACGAGGAGCUGAAGGAAGUAGUCCGCAACGAGAAGCCCUUUUACAAAUUCGUUGUCGGAGACUUCAAAGCAAAACUAGGAAAGGCCACAGAAGAGGAAUACAGGAUUGGAAGAUUUGGACAAGGGGACCGGAAUAAAAAUGGCAAUCGUCUCUCCGGCCUGUUGUCCGCCGCUCUGCUCUUUCAUGGGAACUCUCUUUUCAUGAAGGAAGAUAAUCGUCGGUGGACGUGGGAAUCGCAAAAUGGCGUGACUCGUGCGGAGAUCGACCACAUACUCAACAUUCGGAGUGGUUCUGAUCACCGUCUCCUUCGUGCGAAAAUACGACUUAGCCACACUAUGGAAAAGAACAUCUGCUAUCGGCAACAAAGGAGAAAAGAAGUCGUCUACGACGAUUGCGUACUCGAGGACUCCUUGUCCCAAGGUGACUGGCACAUCGAAGAGGACCCAAACGUGAACUACGAGAUGCUGCUCAGAGGAUUACGAGCCUGUGCUGAACGUGCCUCGAAGUCGCGCACGACAAACUUGGAUCGAAUUUCGAAGACCACCAAGGAAUUGUUAGGAAGAAGAAGGGCUUUGAGGCUUGAUCCGAAUGCAUCGCACAUUGAGCGGUUAGUAGCAAACACUAGCUGCAGAAAAGCGUUGCAGGAGGAUCUUUUGAAGUACAGGCAGAAGAAGAUUCUAGAAGCAGCACAAAGAAGAACGAGUCUAAAGGAGUGCCGCAGGGAUCUCCGCGAAUAUAAUAUUCCGCUAGCAACCUUGCUGAGCGAAGACGGGACUCGCAAGUCUUCUCGUCGUGAGAUGGAAAUCAUUACGGAAAGGUUCUACUCGAACCUUUUCCGUUCAUCAACUCCUGUGUCAAGUCUAAUCAUCCCCACUGGCGAAGCUCCAUCACGGAUUCUCCCUUCGGAAGUACGAGUCGCUAUCAAGAGCAUGAAACCUGACACAGCCCCCGGACCUGAUUUUAUAUCAGCAGACUUUCUUCGGGCUGGUGGCCGUCCGCGUCAUGUAAUCUUAGCAGCGCACAUGACAUCCUAUCUUCAGAAAGAAAGGAUCCCAGACCAGUGGAAGACCUCGCGAACCGUUCUUAUCCAUAAGAAAGUAUACACCAAGAUCGUCCUCACACGCAUAUCUAGGAUGCUGGAUGAAGCCCAGCCUCAAGAACAAGCUGGAUUCCGCCAAGGGUUCAGCUGCUUGGACCACAUCCAGACCGUGUCGAGGGUCAUAGAGGCGAGCGAAACUACUUCAUCGGAUAACAGAAACACAGGAGGUUCCGGCGGUAGCGUCAGCGAUGACAAGAAAAAAGAAAGGACAAGGCCCUCACUACUGAAGCGGAUAACUGAGAGAAAAGCAUCAAAAAGUACAUGCACAGCAAGGGCUAAAAGUAAAAAAAGUGGAAAAUAA